UCUUGAUGGAAAAUAAAACUACUUUACCGGCUUUUAUUUUCAAAGUUUGUUUUGAAAGCAAUGUAAAACUGAAUUAAUUGUAUGGAAAGUCGCUGGCUAUUUUAGCAAAUCGAACCCAAACCUAAAACGACGUGACGCUAUUUACAGUCUAAAUGACAAAACAAUACUUUUGUGUGCUUGCAUCAUUAUGUUUGCCGCAAAUGUUGACGAAAUUCGAAUUGGAAAAAUUGAUGAUGGUUCAAGUGAUGCAGAUGUUCGCAAAACUGGACAGGAGAUGGACCUCAUAAGACAAAGGACUAUUGCUUAUGAAUAUCUUUGUCGUCUUGAAGAAGCGAAGACGUGGUUAGAAGCUUGCCUGAAAGAGAAACUCCCUCCCGCCACUGAAUUUGAGGAAAGCUUGCGUAAUGGAGUGUAUUUGGCCAAGUUGGGAAAUUUUAUUAGUCCUGAGUCACUUCCUUUAAAUAAAAUAUUUGACAUUGAUCUUAAGAGAUACAAGGUCUUAGGUCUUCAAUUUAAACACACUGAUAAUAUUAAUCAAUUUCUUCAAAUACUGAAGAAAACAGAGCUACCCGUAACGUUUCAACCAGAAACGACCGACAUUUAUGAUAAAAAGAACAUGCCUCGUGUAAUUUAUUGCAUACAUGCUUUAAGUUCGCAUCUCUUUAAACUUGGAAAAGCUCCACUUAUUCAUGACGUGUUUGGCAAAAUUGCCUUCACAGACGAUGAAUUAGACGUCGUGUCAAAGGAUUUACAAAAAUGUGAACAACCAAUGCCAAUGUUCCAAAAGAUAGGUGGAAUUUUAUCAAUCAAUAAUAAAGGGGAUGGUUCUGUUAUGCUUAAAGCUCUUAUUGAAUUAAACAGAUUACUUGAUACAGAAAAGUCUAUAACGGCUGCGAUUCUGAACCCACAGCUAAAGUUGAAGCAUGUUCAAAAUCGGCUAAUAGAUGAAUACAAAAAAGCUUUACAUAUUGCCAAGCAAGAUAAAAUUCAGGCUGCUCAUAAUCGUUCUCUUAAUGAUAGCUAUUUACCAGACGAAUAUGAUGAACUUUUAACUACGGUAGAAAUACAAGGGCACAUCACAGCAGUUAAUUAUAAAUAUUUAUGGAAAAAUCUUUGUUCUGCCUCUAAACAUAACGAUGUCAAGAGCUUACACAAAAUCUUUACUGAAGAAUGGGUCCAUAUAAAGGGUUACGACCAUCAUAAUUUAGAUUUUUACUGUGAUGUAGUUCAAGAGACUAUUGAAUGUAACAAAGACAUUGAUGUCGAAAGUGUUCCGAAUUGGCAUAAAAUAUUUCAAAACAUAAUCAAUGAAGGAAAUCGCAAAUCUCUUGAGCACACAGAUCAUAAAAGCGCUAUUGCAAAUGUAAAUAAAGUGUUGGAAGAGGGUUCUCCGACCGAUUUGUAUAAAGCAUUAAUCAAUCCUCAUUUAGAAUUAAACAUCAAGGUUGACGAAUUUGCUGCUCCUUUGUUGUAUGAAGAGAUGAGAUUGGAGAGAUGCGAGUUAGAAAAAAAUCUUAAUGAAAACGAAAUUGCUGCUUCAGUCUCUUAUUUAUCGGCCGUAGCGACUGUGUCACACGCUGUAGACAGAGGUGAUGAAUUAGCAGUUUGGAAUGCUCUGAAUUCGAAACAAAUUCAGCUUGAAGGAUUGCGAGCUCAUUGCAGACGCAGAUACCUAUCCGCGUUAGCAACCGCUUUACAAAUAAAGAUAAAAGAACAGUGUGCAUGUCCGCUUCUGACUUUUGAAGAUAUCCAUGACACAAUUCAAAUGGUGAACAUGAAAGAUGACGAAAACGAAGAGCUGAUUCUUGUAAUAGACGGUAUAAAUAAGGCGGUAUUGGAGGAUGAUGUGGAGUCACUGAUGAUAUUAUUAAACAGUUCAAGUUUGAAAUUGCCUUCCCGUUUGCAUAAAGAAGAAAAACAUCUAUAUUUACGCAUGCUGAAAAAAUUGUUACUAGGAAAAGAAUCCCAAAAUCUUUGGAUCGAUGAUGUUUUGGAUGUAAUCAACCAAGUUAAUGUAGAGUCAUACAAAGUAAAAGAGUUGACUGAGGCUAUAGUCCAACUGAAUGUAGCUGUGUUGAAAAAUAACGUUGAUAGUUUUUUUAAUACGAUCAGAAAUCCAGUUUUGGCAAUUUCUGAUAAUGUAGAAGCAUCAUGUAAGGAUGUAUAUUUUCAAAUGUUUUCAAAAGCAUUGAAAAAGAAAGGUCAAUUUAUUUGUCCUUGGAUAGUUUGCCACACGGAUGUUGGGAACACUGUCUACAUAGACGUCGAAUCAUAUACGUAUAGCUGGACAACUCCUAAAGACUUCGUACCGUAUGCACGAUAUUUGACUACGAAAGAUAUCUCUGGAAUAGUAGAGAAAACUAAUAAACACCACGUAAAUAAAUACAAACAAACGUUAAUAGAAAGAUCUGUCGUAAAACUCCAAGCAUAUUGCAAAGGAUAUCUGCUUAGGAAACGAAUGACUGACAGACUGAAGUUGUUUAUGGCAAAUGAAGAAUACGUUAUUAAAAUUCAAGCUUGGUGGAGAAUGCUGUUGGUUUACAAGCGAUACGGGACAUUAAUAAAAAUGAAAACAAUUGAAGCAAAAUUGAAACGGGAACGCAAACAAAAUCCAAUGGCAUGGUACAAAAGUCAGGAACACAAAAUAGUGAAAAUUCAAGCAAUGUGGAGAGGUCGUCGCGCUCGUCAAUGUUUCACUGCUUUAUUUCACUCGCGGAAUCCACCGCUCAGAAUCGUUAAAAAGUUCAUUCCAUUACUAGAUUUCUCGACUGAAGACUACGACAGGGAAAUUGAAUUACAAUCACUGAAAUCGGAAGUCGUGCAGUCUAUCCGAAAGAAUCAGGAGCUAUCCAAGCAAAUCGAUGACAUGGAUUUAAAAAUAGGUCUGCUGGUACAAAACCGUAUAGCUUUACAGGACGUUGCGGCAUUUGGUCUAAAGUUAAAUAAUCUAGUCAAACAUCAUUCGAUGACUAAACUUGUCUUUCAAAAUCGCCCUGAUGGCAAAGGCUCUUUCAUGACAGUUACAACAGCCGUUAAAGGCUUAAAAUCCCUCACUAAAGAAUCCAAAAGACUUUUAGACGGAUACCAACAUCUGUUCUAUGAACUGCAAACAAACCCCACUUACUUGUCCAAAUUACUGUUUUGUAUACCGCAAAAUAAAACUAAUUUCUUCUUACAAAACGUCGUACUUAGCCUUUACAACUUUGGGGCUUACACAAGAGAUGAGUAUCUGCUUCUGAAGCUAUUUAGAUUUACAUUGGAGGAAGAAAUAAGUUGUAAGGUUGUUAAACCUUUUGAUAUUAUCUCGUCGACUCCGCUGGUACUAAAAAUGGCGGUAAGCCUUUCGAGACAGCUUUCUGGACUGAACAGCCUGCAAACAAUUAUAGGACCCCUGGUCGAAAAAAUGUUAAGGGACAAAGAUUUAAAUAUUGAAACGGGUCCAGUAGAAAUCUAUAAAGCUUGGAGAAAUGAAAACGAGAUGAAAACUGGGAAAAUAUCAAAUCUUCCAUACUCUGUUACACAAGAAGAAGCACUGACAUACCCAGAAGUCAAAGCUAGAUUACAAACGGCCCUUGGUCAAUUAAAAACGAUUGUGACAAUAUUUCUGGAUAAAAUAACAAGAUCGACGGAGCUUUUACCUUUUUGCAUAACGUAUAUGGCUAGAGUGUUGCACAGAGCUCUAACUACGAAAUUUCCGUAUACACCAGAAAAAGAUAUCUUAAAAGUUAUCGGUAAUUUGAUUUACUACCAGUUCUUGAACGCCGCAAUAGUAGCUCCCGAUGCAUUUCAUAUUGUAAACUUACCGAAUGGCUGUGAACUGACCACAGAUCAGAGAAAAAACCUCGCCUCUGUUGCGAAAAUUUUGCAUUUUUCUGCCGCAAAAAAAGGCUUUGGUGAAGAGUCAAGUCACCUGCGUUGCUUAAAUCCAUUUAUCGUCGAAUGCCACGAGAAAAUGAAGGAGCUAUUUAGGCGUUGUUGUCGCGGUCCAACGCUUGAAGAGUACUUUGCUGUUGACGAAUAUACCGAAGCCACGCUACUUCAUCAUCCGCAUAUAUGUAUAACUGUUCAGGAAAUCGUAGACACUCACUCGCUACUGAUUGAAUACCAAGAUAUAAUAGCACCGGAUCCAAGCGAUCGUUUAAACGAACUAUUGGACGACUUGGGAGAAGUGCCGACCAUCGCGCAACUAGCCGCUAGGGACGUGGACGGAUCCAUGGGAGAGACUAUUGAAGAGAAUGCUAGACUUGAAGUGUGUUUGGCUCUCGUGAAUAAAUUUCAAACACCUGCUGAUGAUAUGGCAGAUCUGAAUAAACUAUUUAUCAAAACCAAAGAGUUAUGUGUCGCCAUACUUCCAUAUUUGAAUGGUGAACACUUGCUAGAGGCACUGGUUAUCGGUACUACGAAAGAACAGCAGGAGCAAUAUGCUCAAAAAAUACAAAAGCGCAUCUACUCCGGACAAUCGAAGCAAGACGAAGCCAUGACAUUGCGAGAGCAUAUUUCCAAGCUACGUAGGAACUUACAAAUGCUUGAAGAUGAAGGAUACGUCACGAGAGAAGAUGGCUAUCAAGCGAUAGUCACAUCCAUAGCACUUGAUCUCUGUAAUAAAAGUAAAUAUAGGCAGGCCCAAAAACGAGCACUAGCAACACUAACACGUGCUAAACAAAGCCUACUUGAAAAAACUAAAUAUUAUGAAGAAAAAUGUAAAUCUUAUGAUGAAUACAUUAAAUCAUGUCUUGCUAAUCUUCAUGCUGGUAAAAGGAGUGUGCACGCGUGCUUACGGAGAUCCGGAAAGGAUAUGCAAAAACUAAAAUCGAAAUUAACAGUCAAAUAUUCGGGUGCGAAAUUGUUGGAAAGGGGUGUACUAUUAGAAAUUGACGGACUUUCGCCAUCACAGUUCAAAAAUGUUCAAUUUGAAAUAACGCCAACUGAUCUUAAUGGAGUGUUCACAGUGAAGGGGAAAUUCAUGGGUAUUGAAAUGGAAUCAAUUGACAUCGACAUACAAGAUUUAUUGCAAAAACAAUAUGAAGGCUGUGCAGUUAUGGAUAUGUUCGGUAAAGCUAAAAUCAAUGUGAACUUAUUGAUAUUCUUGUUAAAUAGUAAGUUUUAUGGUAAAUCCUGAACAUUGUGAUAGUUAUAAUUGAUAAGCACGCAUUUAUGCCAUAAAGUUCUAAAUUUUACACCGAGGCAAUCACAAAUUCCUAAUCCUUUUAUGAAGUAUUAUUUUACCAAAUAUUGAUAAUAUAAAUUACAGUACCUGUUUUUAUAAUUUUUUUCGUUUGUUUUAUGCGACUUAAUUUAAUAUACAUAUACGUACAUAUAAGUUAAUUAUAAUCCUACAACUAACGCAAAUUUUAACAUUAAUGAAGUUGUGCGGUACAAGCAUUAAAAAAACAUUCACAGUGUAAUAUCGCGCGCGCUAUCUGUAUGCUGCAACCAAAACUCAGCUUAGGUAUUUUUAUGGAACUCUUCUCGAAGCAUCCUUAAAGCUGCCCUUCACUGAUUAUAACAGUCAUAAAAUAACAUUUUACAAAUUAACUUUUAUUGAUAAACCUUUUUUUAGGCUAUUGUUUUUUAUAGUGUUAUACCAUGUUUUUAGUUAUUAGAAUUUUCAAAUAAUCUAAGAAACUCAAUGAAUUAUUUAAAUAGUACAUUAUUCUUUCUCCUGCUUCGAGAACGGAGCCACUUCACAUUUUUUAUACAAGUACAUUACUUUAAAAUUUGAAUGUUAAAUAAUAAAAUCUUUAUUUUCAACAA